AUGCUCGUGACAUACUGGAUUGGACUGGGAACCUCCACUGGGGCUGUUUCCAGAAUUCGCUCAUAUGUACAACCAGCCACUAUCGGGGAUCUAGAUUCCGAAAUUGAGGUCAUCCCUGAGGACUGGUCUCAGCAGGGUGGUAUUGAUAUAACUGGCCUUUCGGCAUCUUACGAGUAUGCCCUUGGAGACUUCUUUGAUUUCUUUGGAUAUAUGCUAAGUAGUUUCUCUAUUGCACACAAACUGCAUGAAAUUCUAGACUUUGAUAAAUUUGACUUCAUGGAAAACGGCAAAAUUGUGGAGUUCGAUACACCCAAGGCGCUUUUGUCGAAAGAGGGCACGGUUUUAGGGCUUGGUUGA